AUGUGUCACGUGUGCACGAGCGCCACCGAUCUGAGUAGUUGUCAGGCAACCACCAUGUGUACUGCUGGUCAGGUGUGUUUUACGGAAGUAAGCCACAUGGGCAACACAUCAGUGUAUUCAAUGGGCUGCUCCGAUUUGCAGCAAUGUGGUCCUCCUGUCGGUUCGAUAAUGGGGCCAGUGAUCGGGCGGUCCGUGGACGCCAGGCAGGCCGCAGCACCUUACUGCCACAACUGCUGCACCGCCCCCGGUUGUAAUCUCAACAUUUGCAAGUCAGGCAACGACACGUACCGGCUGUUUUAUUUCGACUUUCGGGGACGCGGAGAACUGACUCGUAUGAUCUUCAAGUACAUGGACCAACCCUUCACAGACAUCAGAAUAAAUUUCCAGGACUGGCCCGCCAUCAAAUACACAUUCCCCCAGUACGUAAUUCCUGUCCUGGAGGUGGACGGCCGGGUGAACAUAACACAGAGCAUGGCCAUCGUCCGCUACCUGGCCAGGAAAUAUGACCUGUACGGACGGACGGAGAUGGAGAUGGCGUAUGUCGACCAGCUCAUAGAGACUUCCGUAGACUUCUUCGCCGCCGUCCAGAAGUUCGCGCUAAUCCAGGAUCCGCAGGAAAACGCUGCGAAGAAAGCUGAAUUUAUGAAGACGGAUGCGCCCAAGUACCUAGGCUUUCUCGAUGAUCUGGUAAAAGCCGGCGGGCACGGGCACUUCGCCGUUGGUAACGCCUUCACGGUGGCCGAUCUAUUGUUGUACGUCUAUGUUGAGGCCUCUCAAGCGCAGAAGACGCCCAUUGAAUCUCCACUACUUGCCAACUAUACGCGACUCGCCAACAACCGGAAGUACGUUGAGCAGAUCCCAAACAUCGCCGCCUACCUCGCCAGCCGCCCUGUAACACCCAUAUGAGCGAC